CAGGCGCUGUCCGCGCAAUGCACCCCAAAGCAGGGUUCCUGCUUUGCGCUGCAUGGAUGCCGUCGCAUGCAGGUGCUAUCACAACUGUAAAAUUGCUGACAGCCUGAUGCGGUGAUGCAUAAUCAAUACGACUGCACUCAUUCACUCCUACAGCUGCAUCACCGUCUCAGUCUCACGUCGCAGGACCAGAGUGCAGUGUCGCAAGACAGGCCGUCUGCUCACUAUUGCGUAGACAUGUCGGAUCCCUGCUCUUCCGGUGGAGUCUUCCCCGCUAACAAACUGCGCGUAUCCACAUGAACAUCGUCCACCACUGGCAGCAGCCCGACUCCCCUGCUUCUGCACCAUUGUCUCUGCUCGGCAUAUCUUGGAACCAUCUGGACGGAACGCCUUUUUCACUUACCGUGCGACUUCCUCGAUCAUCACUGCCAAAGCCCGUCCAACGUCACUAGCCCGCUCUUCAAGCACUACACUGCCGCAACCAUGGCGGAGACUGCCGAGCCCAACCCAAUCGUCUUCUUCGACAUCACCCUAGGAGGGGAGAAGCUAGGGAGGAUCAAGAUGGAGCUGUUCAAAGAUGUAGUUCCAAAGACUGCUGAGAACUUCCGCCAGUUCUGUACGGGCGAGACCAAGAACAGCCGGGGGCAGCCGCAAGGCUACAAAGGCUGCAAGUUCCAUCGCGUUAUCAAAGGUUUCAUGAUCCAAGGCGGCGACUUUGUAAAUGGCAACGGAACAGGCUCAAGAACCAUAUGGGGAACUGAGAAGUUUGCCGAUGAAAACUUCACCCUGAAACACGACAAGCCCGGUCUUCUAUCCAUGGCUAACUCAGGUCCCAACACCAAUGGUUCGCAAUUCUUCAUCAUCACUGCGAAGAAUGGCACCCCUCAUCUGAACGGCAAGCACGUUGUCUUCGGCAAUGUCAUCGAAGGCAUGGACGUUGUCACCAAGAUCGAGAAUACGCGAACAGUAGCCAACCCGGAAGGAAAGCCAGUGCAAGACAUUGCCAUUUCACAAUGUGGUGAGAUGUGAGCUCGUAGAUCAUAUAACAAAAAGAUGCCAAUCCUCGAGGUAAGAUCUCAGGUAGGAUCUAGCGAACUAUAAUAAGCCUGAAACGCAUUGUUUAAUCAAACGAAAGCUCGAAGAAGAACAAUGCGUGGUGGGGUCGGCGCAAGCUAUCAGUCUGUAUCGACUUCAUAAAGCUGUGAUCGUCCAAUCCUGAUACAGGCAAGCGAAGGACGAGAAAACCAAAUUAAUUUCUACAAUGUUAAACGUAUCGUGUCAUUCAUUGUUGCAGUGAUUUGGUGUUGGAUCGGCGAACCAUG